AUGGGAAAAAAUGAAGAAAAACAUCGUAGAAACGCUGAAUGUGCAAUGCCACUCACCGAUGAACUCGCCCUCCUGCUUGAGAUGGUCCUCAUGGCGUCGCACCUCCGCCCGCUCGCCGCGCACCACCGUGAACUCUUGCUUCUGCACGCUCUGCCCCAUGAACUCCCCUUCCAUGCGCAGGUGGUCCUCGUGGCGCACCACCUCCGCCCGCUCGCCGCGCACCACCGUGUACUCGUCUUUGCGCUGGCCGAUGAAGUCGCCCUCGGGCUUCAGGUUGUCCUCUGGUUUCCGCACGGGCGCGCGCUCGCCGCGCGUCGGCUUGAAGUCGUCUUUGGAGCGAGGGCUGCCCUCGAAGUCGCCCUCGGGCUUCAGGUUGUCUUUCGGCUUCUUCACUUCCGCUCGUUCUCCGGGGCCGACCUUGGUUGGCUCCGGCCGCUCGAAUCCGCCCUCGAGCGCUCUAUCACCAGGUCCCACCCUUUGAGGUUCCGGUCUAUCGAAUCCUCCCUCGAGUUUCAAGUUGUCGGGGUGCUUCACGAUCCCAGGCCUCUCUCCUGGCGAGUACUCGUUAGGUUUGGGCCGCUCGAAAUCGCCCUCGGGCCUCAAGUUGUCCUGGGGCUUCUUAAUGGGAGCUCGCUCACCGGGCCCGACCUUGCUCUGCUCGGGCCGCUCGAAUCCGCCUUCGAGCUUGAGGUUGUCGGGGUGCUUGACGAUCCCAGGCCGCUCCCCCGGCGAGUACUUGUCCUUCUCGGGCCGGUCGAACUCUCCUUCCGGCUUGAGGUUGUCCCUGGGCUUCUUGACGUCCGCGCGCUCGCCGCGCGUCGGCUGGAAGUCCUCGCGGGACCUGGGGCUGGCCUCGAAGUGCCCCUCAGGCCGGAGGUUGUCGACGGGCUUCUUGAUGGGGGCGCGGUCGCCGGUGGUGACAACGAACUCCUCCCGCCGCUUGCCCUCGAAGUCUCCCUCCAGGCGGAGGUGGUCCUCGUGGCGCACCACCUCCGCGCGCUCGCCGCGCGUCGCCGUGAACUCGUCGCGCCGCUGCGGGCUGAACUCGCCCUCCAGCUUGAGGUGGUCCUCGUGGCGCACCACCGGCGCGCGCUCGCCCACCACCGGCUUGUAGUCAUCGCGCAGGUGCGGCGACCCGUAGAACUGGCCGCCGGGGUGCAGGUGGUCCUCGUAGUGGAGGCACCAUUCUUUUUGACUGAGAAAUCUGGAGAAGGAUGUCCAUUCAAAAAUAUCACGUGACUUCCAUUCUGAACAGAAACGUCGCGUUGGAAAUGAGCUCUUCAAUCGCGCACCGUGGCCAGCGGGCAGCGCAGCGGGCGGAGUUCGAGGCCGAAGCAGAAGGUGACCCCGCGCAGCAUCCAGCGACCGGUCUCUUCGCCCGCGCCGCCGCCGCGUGGCCGUACCUGUUCGGC